GAAAGCAAUAGUUCUGGAAGAUUCUACUGAAAUCUUGUGUGGACCCCUUAUGAUUUUUUUCUCUCAUUCUGACUGUUUCUGCUAGCUAACCCUAGUUCUAGCCACACACACUGCAGGGACAAAGGAUUUUGGGACCCAAUGACUGGAAUAAACUGAUAGAAUUCUUCCCUCUGCCAAGAUGUCAAAAAGAGAAAGAGAAAGGCCCUAUGCCCCUCCCCCUCCCCCAGCCCCUACAACACAAUUGCCCAACACCCCCGGGUUUGUGGGGUACAACCCCUACAGCCAUCUGGCCUACAACAACUACAGGCUGGGAGGGACAACAAGCAGCAACAGUCGGGUAACGAAUUCUUCGGGAAUAAACAUUCCGAAGCCGCCUAAGCCGCCAGACAAGCCUUUGAUGCCAUAUAUGCGAUAUAGUCGCAAGGUUUGGGAUCAAGUAAAAGCCUCCAAUCCCGAUCUGAAGCUAUGGGAAAUUGGGAAGAUAAUCGGUGGCAUGUGGAGGGACCUCACUGAUGAGGAGAAACAGGAUUACUUGAAUGAUUACGAAGCAGAGAAGAUUGAGUACAAUGAGAGCAUGAAGGCCUACCACAACUCCCCGGCCUACCUGGCCUACGUCAAUGCCAAGAGUCGCGCUGAGGCCGCCCUGGAGGAGGAGAGCCGCCAGCGUCAGUCGCGUCUCGACAAGGGAGAGCCGUACAUGAGCAUCCAGCCAGCGGACGACCCGGACGAUUACGACGACGGAUUCUCCAUAAAGCACUCGGCUGCCGCCCGUUUCCAGCGCAACCACCGCCUGAUCAGCGAAAUCCUGAGCGAGAGCGUGGUCCCCGACGUGCGCUCAGUCGUCACCACCGCCCGCAUGCAGGUCCUCAAGCGCCAGGUCCAGUCCCUGAUGGUGCACCAGAGGAAGCUGGAGGCGGAGCUACUUCAGAUUGAAGAUCGCCACCAGGACAAGAAAAGGAAAUUCAUUGAGGCCACGGAGUCGUUCACCAGCGAGCUGAAAAGGCUGUGUUGUAUGAAGGUGGAGGUGGACAUGGAGAAGAUAUCGGCCGAGGUCGCUGCCGCUGAGGAGGCGUCCCGCAAGCGUAUGUUGGAGCGGGAGAAGGAGACCCUCGAGCAGGGAGACAAGGAGCUGUCCUCGUCCUCUACCCUGGAGGAGGAGAAACCGGUUGGCUCGUCAACCGGUAACAAGAGCCAGCAGAAUUCUGUAAAUGAAAACAGGAACAAGGAAGGAGAGGAGACAGAACCCAGCCAUGUGGUUACUGGUGGGAGGUCAAAGGCCACCGAGGAGUUGGAGGCUCGUCCAACCAAUGAGGUUGAGGAGAGGGCGCCGUCGGAGGACAAGGAGAGCGUUCUGGAAGGGGUGAUGGAGGAGGGCACCAGUGACAGUAACACAGGGUCAGAGACCACCUCUGCCGUGACUGAAGACGCCCCGCCCAGCGAGCCGUCAGCCACCGAGGGGCACAGCAGGGCACGUCCUGCCGCCCACUGAUGGGGCAACCUUUGACCUUGCGGUCGGUGAACUGUCCGCGACGCAUCACUUCAUCUCUACAAUCAGAUUCGGAUGAGAACUCAUUGUACAAUAGCAUUUCUGUGAAAAAAAGCUGAUGUGCUCCAGUCAGGUUUUAUGCAAUUGGUUUAAAUCCUCGGAAGCAGCGUUGGCAGGGUCAAAAUGGAACGUCUGUCUGUUUUCAAAGUGCUUCAAGUUUGCAAAGCAUAGUAAGUAUCAAAUGGAAAAUGCAUGACAUGUAGUGAGUCACAAUAAGCCCAAAUAAAUGCGCCGUAUUUCCAUCAGACUGCAGUGCCAGUCAAACCAACCAUUUAUUACCUAAUAAUAUGAAAACAUAUCUCCCACACUAUUCUCUGGUACAAUACCUGGCGGACACCAGAUCUUACCGAUUAAGGCUGGUUAAAAGAAAUAACUUGUCAAACCUAUGCUGUUCAGUGUUAAUUCUUUGUUCUUGGUAGUGUAAUGUUAUUGUUGCUUUCAGUGUAAUUUUUGCAUGGUGUCGUCAGAAUACUUUAAAUGAAAGUGUUUUCUUAGUAGAGAGAUUGGUAAGUUGGGGAGACUACUCUGCUGGAUAUAUUUUUUUGUGUUAACUCUACGUAUCAGUAUUAAGUGACAGUAUGGUCUCAGGAGUCAGUAGAAGUUAGUAGUUAUUUUUAUUUAUUAUUAUUAUUAUUGUUGUGUAUUGCCCUGGGCCCAGUCCAUCCGUCCACCAACCUGUUGUAUGCUAGGAGACCAUCCACGCUGUACAAUGCUCAUGUUCUAAAGUCUGCUAGCUGUCAAUCAAAUCAAAAGCUGUAUGCUUAGAACAACCUUUUUGUGUUGUGUUACUCCGAUCAGUAUUACAAGGCUUAGCCCAGAACACACAUAAAUGUUUUAAUGUGCAGUGUAAUAAGCAGUGUCGAAAGGUUUGCUUAAACAUGAGUCGUUUUUCAUCUCAUCCUAAAGCAACCUGAAGAGAAGAAUAAGUCAUGAACAUGAUGUCUUAAAAUCGGUUGUUUUACAUAUUUAUACCAAUAAACUUUUCUACCUUGACAUCA